AUGGAUUGCGAGCCUUACUCUCGAAAACAGUUUCUAAGGAAGUUAGUCGAUUACUUUGGACAACGAAUAUGUAUCACCGAAAUUACAGGAGAAAGAACAAUUUUGAAUUUCAGAGAUAAUAUAGAUUCAAUAUUGUUUAAUUCUUGGUAUACUAGGAAACUAGAAAACAGUGAGGCAGAUGAAAGGUUGAGGGUAGUUCAGAAAGCUGCAGAAAUCAUAAAAGAAGAUAUACGUGCUGCCAUAUAUGAUUGCAGCGUUUAUCCACCCGCAGAUAAUCCUCAGUUUUAUGCAAUAUUCCUAAAAGUUUAG